AAGCCUCAGAGAGAAAGACACAUUGAUCAAUACUUAGUCCACUAAUCUUCCCUUUACCUUACAAAUGCAGAAAGCAAAAGCCACAACUAAAGAGAACAAUAAGGAAUUUAUAAAAGCAAAAAAGAGACUAUAAAAGGAACACUUCACCUAUAUUCCUUCUAAUUUCUUCAUGACUCUGUAAUAGACUCAUAGUUACUAGAAAAAUUAAACCAUCUAAUUCAAUUCUCUAUACAAUCAGAUCCAUUUUAAUAAUACAAUGUUAUUACUAUUUACUCAACUCUUUCUCUCAUUACUCAUAGUCACUACAAAAUCUCAAUCAAGCAUAUGCAGAACUUCUUGUGGUGACAUUUCAAUCAAAUAUCCAUUUGGCAUUGAUGAUGGUUGUGGAAGUCCAUUCUACAGAAACAUUCUUUCGUGUUCCGAAUCGAAAAAACUCGAACUCCAAACUGCUUCGGGUCGAUACGAAGUUCAUAACAUAAGCUAUGCUGAUCCUCAUAUUGUUGUCACUGAUCCAUUCAUGUGGAAAUGCCAAGAUGGUGAGAAUUUUCGACCAACGAGACCAUUCAGUUUAGACACUAGCACAAACUUGAAGCUCUCAUCACAAAAUGAGUACAUGUUCUUCAAUUGUAGUGAAGAACAUGUGAUCAUUCAACCAAGGCCUAUGUUUUGUGAACAUUUUCCGGAACACUGCGAAUCGUCUUGUGACACUGCUAGCUAUCUUUGCAGACAUUUACCGAGGUGUUCCUUCGCGCUUACACAUAGUUCUUGUUGUUCUUAUUAUCCAAAAUCAAGUGAAUCUUUGAGGUUGAUGCUUAAGUAUUGUACUAGUUAUACUAGUGUUUAUUGGAGGGAUGUUGGAAGUCUUCAGCCUUAUGAUCAACUACCUGAAUAUGGAAUUAGAGUUGAUUUUAAUAUUCCUGUUACUACUAGUUGCCUUGGGUGCCAAGAUCCAUUGAAAGGUGGUGGAACUUGUGGAUUUGAUACAGUGACACAGAGUUUUAUGUGCUUGUGUAAGGAUGGAAACUCUUCUACCCAUUGUAAAGAUCAAGAUAUUGCAAGGCACAAUAGGAAGGUCCAUGUAAUCGCAGGGACAGUUACAGUGUUCUCAGCUGCAGGGGCAUUUGGAAUUGGAGCUGGUAUUUGGUACUUGAAGAAAGUCAGAGCUAAAGCACCAGCCACUUGUGGAGUUCAAAGCAAUGAUAAUAGACUAUUCUAAAAUGAUGUGAAGAAGAAGAAAAAAACCAUACAAAGUAACGGAUGGUGACUGUUAGUUGAGCCUUGUGAUGCAAGUAAGCUGUUAGAAGAUUAGUUAUACCAAUGUAAUCUCUUUGGAUAUUGUACUCAUUUCAUUUUGUGCUUAUAAGAAUGAUAAAUAAAUUGCAACAUAUAAUUAUUUUCCCCUUGUA